AUGACUUCUCGGCCCCGGAAUCGGUCGUGUGCCGUAUGUCAUCGCCGAAAAGUUCGCUGUGACAAGAACUUCCCUUGCUCUCAGUGUGUUCGGUCUGGCUUCGAGUGCUCGUAUCCACCUGCGGGGCCGCCUGCAAGACGGGCCAAGAAGACGACGAUUAAUGAUGUCGCAAGUCGGAUCUCGCAGAUGGAGAAAGUGAUUGAAGCAUUCCAGGCCGGACAAGAUGUAUCACCCCAACCGACAGCGCCUGCAAGUUCAGUGGCGUCUGCAAAUAGUGUGCCUACACCGGCUAGCACAAGUACAGAUGCUGGGACCAGCGAGAGAGCUGCAAGUUUGCAGAUUAAGGAACGUAGUUCUCGUGAGGGCCUGUUGCUUAAUAAAGGAACAAGCAGUCAUUAUGUCAAUGAAGUCCUCUUCUCUCGGGUCAUCGAGCAGGAGGAUGAUGUGCGAAUGGCUUUGGCAACGCCCAGGGACGAGCCACCUCAUGAUUUCAACUCUCCAGCUUGUCACUUGAACCCCAUGGGAUGGCUAUCAGCUGGGAUAGCAUCAGUGUCUACCGCCGUUUAUCACCCUCAAAGACGCGUGGCUGCUCGACUGUGGAAAAUCUUCAUUGAUAGUGUUGAUCCAUACGUCAAGGUUCUUCACAUACCCACCGCCGAGACAACACUCUACACGGUCAUAGGCGACCCUACCAAAGCCUCGAGCGAAAACUUGGCUCUUUGUUUCGCCAUCUAUUUCGCUUCUGUCACAGCCACGACCUCCAAUGAGGCACUCGACAUCACUGGUGAGGACAAAAAGCAAGCUCUCGUUCGGUACAGGAUGUGUCUAGAGCAAUCAAUGGCCCAAGCAGACUUCCUUGAGAAUCCUACAAUCACUCUUCUUCAGGCAAUGGCUAUUUAUGGGGCCGCCAUGCGGGCCCACAACUCUUGUCGAGCUGUCUGGAUCAUGAAUGGCCUCGCGCUUCGAGCCGCACAGUCAAUAGGUUUGCACAGAGACGGCAGCAAGCUCGGUCUAUCACCCUUUGAGUCAGAAAUGAGACGUCGAGUAUGGUGGUAUUUCCAAGAACGAGAUGGAAGAGGCGCCGAGGACUAUGGACUUCAGAAUCCAUCAGCCUCUACUACAGUUCCCGGUGUUGAGCUACCGCGAAACUUGCACGAUAGCGACAUUUCCCCAGGGAUGAAAGAGCUUCCACCCUCAAGGCCGGAUUGGACGCGAAUGACGCUGCAGCUGUGCUGCAACCAAUCAUCGCAGGCCUGGGCUCAGCUCUUCCAUAUGAGUUGCUCUGCGGAUGGCUUACCAGACGAAGAUGUACGGAGGCGAGUCAUCAAAGAUGCCGUCGAUAAGGUCGAAGGAAUUCUGCGGCGCUGCAACCCCGUGAUACCAGAACAAAGAAUGACAAUCCGAACUGCACGUUUGAUUCUCUGCAAAGUCGAUGUAGUUUCCCGUCGCCAAUGGCAGAUCCUCCGAUCACCCGAUGACCAACCGCCAAUGGCCACAGAAGCCGAGCUCGCUGAAGCAGUCGAGCUCCUCGAGCUCUCCAACAGCAUGUGGCAAGACGACGACCUCAGCGCAUACCAGUGGCUCGCCCGCUCGUAUCCCCAAUACCAUAUAAUGCUCUUCAUCCUGCGUCACCUGUGCGUGUGUCCGCGCGGAGAACUGGCCAAGAGAGGUUUUGCGGCCGUGGAGCUCCAGCAUGAGAAUUUCAAAACGAGUGAGAAUAAGCCGCUGAACGGGCUGAAGUGGACGGUGCUCACGACGUUGAGGGAGAGGGCGUUCUUGUUGAUGCAGCAGGUUGAGAGGGAGAGUGUAGGUGUACAGUGGAAUGAGAGUCAGCGGAUGGAAAUGCAGGGGAUGCAGAGUGGGAGUGAGGUUGCUGUUCCGGACUGGAAUAUGAUUUUGGAGGAGUUCCCCUUAGACCUGGAAGACUUUUCGUUGAUUUUCUGA